GAAAUCAGAUUGCAAAGCCCCACUUUUUGCAAAUACUAUAUGGAACCUACUCUUAAAGUAUAGUAUUUUCAGUUUGUAACUGACACCGGAAUGCGUGAGACCGGUGGAUACUAAAUUUAUUUAUUGUCAUUUAUUUUCGUAGAUUUUUUAUACCUUAUCUCGUUUUGGGCGAGUGACUUUUACACGCAAUUAUAUAUAUAUAAAAUAUAAAUAUAUAUAAAUAUAUAUAUAUAUGUACUAUUUAAUUUUUCUCCGUUAUAACUAUUAAUAAUGAAUUUGUUGUAAUUAUUUUUUUUUUAUGCAAAAAAUAUUUUUUUCGGAUUUGCAAUUGCAUUAAAAACAGAACAAAACAUCAGCAAAGGUCGUGACUGAGGUGAAGUUAAGAAUGAAAUUGUAAAGUUCGAUUAUUCAGGCGAGUGUUAACGACUUAUUUUUUAUUACUUCGAAAUGAAUGUUAGUGGAAGCCCAUUGAGUAGCAAAAUGUCUAAUAUCUACAACAAUUCUCUUGUUCAUUUCUGGCAACACGUAUUUCAUGAUGUGGCAGAUCCGAGAACACGAGAUUGGUUCCUGAUGUCUUCUCCAGUGCCUGGUGCUAGUAUCAUGUUCGGAUACCUUUACUUUGUUCUUUCAUGGGGUCCUCGACAUAUGGAACACCGUAAACCUUACAAACUUAAAAACACACUCGUUAUUUACAAUUUUCUGCAAGUUAUUCUCAGCAUCUGGCUCUUUUGGGAAGGUCUUGAUGCUGCUUGGUUAAAAAAGUAUAGUUGGAAAUGCGAACCUGUGGAUUAUUCUAAUACUCCCGAAGCAUUAAGGGUUGCAAGAGGAGUUUAUAUGUAUUUCUUAGCGAAAAUAUCCGAACUUCUUGAUACCGUUUUUUUCGUUUUAAGAAAAAAAGAGAGACAAAUAACUUUCUUACAUAUGUAUCAUCACACUGUUAUGCCAUUAAUAUCGUGGGGAGCGACUAAAUAUUAUCCCGGUGGACAUGGGACUUUUAUUGGUGUAAUUAAUAGUUUUGUCCAUAUUAUUAUGUAUACGUAUUACUUAUUGGCAGCUUUGGUGCCUCAAUAUCAACAAUAUCUUUGGUGGAAAAAGUAUAUCACAACUUUGCAAAUGGGGCAAUUUUGUCUUGCUUUUGUGCACAGUUUACAAUUACUGAUUUAUGAUUGUGAAUAUCCAAGAUGGUCUCUCCUUCUUAUUUUACCUAAUGUUACGUUCUUCUACUUCCUCUUUUUCGAUUUUUACAAAAAAGCUUAUGUACCACAAGAUAAGAAAAAAGAUGAUGAUUUACAAAUAAACGGAAACGAAAAUUUAUGGAAAAAAAAUAAUAAAAUCAAUGAAAAAGAUGACAUUAGAAAAACGAUUACUAAUAAUAUAUCAAAUGGUAAACUUAAACGAGGAUGAUAGUUAUAAUAAAAUAAAAUUAGGUUUAUAAUUAAGAGUGUAUUUAUGCAUGAAUCAUACAGUUACAUAUUUACAACAGUUCCAUGUCUCUCUAUUCUUUCAGCAAAUAAAAUACUGAGUAGCCACGAGUCCAUUCACAAAAUGCGUAAGCUAAUAAAUCAUAAUUUCGCCCUUUUCAGCUUUAUUGUGACAUUUUGUAUACUUAGUUGUACUCUUUUGAAAAUAUUCCGUGACAGUGAUUCAUAGAUACCCCCCACCCCAUUCUUGUGUUUAUGGUCUAUAUAAAUUUAAUUUCUUUAAACGUAAUAAUAACACACUACUAAAUUUUUCUGCAUGAAAUAAGUUAUUCUAACUAUGACAUUAUAAAUUAAAGACAUAUUCAUGAAAAGUCACUUUUUUCAACUCAAGCGUCUAAUAUUCAAUAUUGUGGUCGUAACAAAGCUACAAAAUUUACUUUUGCGCACAUUCUUACAAAUUUGAGGCCAUUUCAAAGUCAUUAGAAAUUUUCGGAGAAUUUUCACAUUAUUUAAUUUUUUUAAAUCCUGUAGUAAUAGAUCAUAGUUUUCACGAACCUGCGCGAAAAAUCUACUCCGCAUUAUGAGAAGAACGUAUUCUCUAAAAACGAAUUAGUGAAAAUCACUAUUUAACAGUCAAUAAUCACUUAUUACCAGUGAAAAGUAUACCACUGUUUGAAUUAUGUUCACAAUUUCAAAUUUAAGAGAGUAGUAAUUUUUGUUUUGGUAAAGCAAAUGAAAUAAAAACUCACGUGCAUCAAAUGGUAAGUCGUCAUAGUUCAGGUGUUUGCUUAUUGAAUACGUGGGUUUGAAUGUUUUUAUUUUCUUUCUAGCUAGGAAGAGACCUAGGUUCGCAAUAGAUUGAACAAUCAAAAAUACUGAGAUCAUCCAUCAAAUUAUACCUCAAAUCAUAAUAGUUCCGUGUUUUAGAGAUUGUGAUUAGGAAGUGUCAAUAUUACCAAAAAUUUUAACGCUUAUGUUCAAAUAACCUGAAGCAAGUACUUUCUUGCCUCGCUGUAACAAAACUCUGACGUAUCUGCCCUGAUUUUAAAAAAAUGAUUUACUCAAUGAUGAGUGUAUAUCUGUAUAGUAUUAAAGUUGAAUAGUUUUGAAUCAUUUUUUUUAAUCAGGGUAAUAACUCUCCCUUUCUCAGAAGCGUCACGUAUUUUGUGAAUACUCUGCUCAAAAAAUCCGAUAGAUUCUUAUAACUGUAUGUAUAAGACCCUACACUUAACUAUAGCAUUUCUCAUAGAACUCAUUCAUUCUAAUAAAAUCUCUGUUUGAAUUUAUGAGAAUUUAUUGGAUUCUAUGAGAUUUUCUAAACAGGGUAGCUUUUUGAAUAAUCAUAUAAAUGCGUCGUAUUUAUAACAUUGUUUACUACCAUAGCUUAUAUAUGAU